UUAAGGUACUCAUUGCGCUUCAGGCGAACGUGACGCGCGGUGCUUCAGUUUCCGUCUGUACUCACUGAACCAUCGCUUUAUUUCAAAUGAAGCAUCCUCUCGUGCCGUUAUUAAGUUUUGAUAGGUGAUAUAACAGCUUCAACUUCGCCAUGAGCUGCUUGGAUGUAAUGUAUCAAGUUUAUGGUCCACCUCAGCCAUAUUUUGCCGCAGCAUACACACCGUAUCACCAUCAGAAAUUGGCAUUUUACUCGAAAAUGCAAGAAGCACCAGAAACGGUCAGCGGAAGCAGUUCGUCUUUUUCCACCCUCUCCGGGCCACCCAUAAAAGAGGAGGACUGUACCCGAGAGAAAGAUCACCCACCAGAGGCUGAGUACAUCAGCUCCAGAUGUGUGCUUUUCACAUACUUUCAAGGGGACAUCAGUUCGGUGGUCGAUGAACAUUUCAGUCGGGCUUUGAGUCAGUCCAGCAGCUACCCAUCUGCAUCCAACAACAGUAAAACCGCAAGAGGUGCAUCAUCCUGGAGAGAUGGAUCAUUCCCUAUGAACCAGAGAAGCUUUCCUCCAUCGUUCUGGAACAGCGCGUAUCAGCCGUCAUCUCUCAGCAGCGCUCUGGGAUCCUCCCAUUCGGAUCUUCCCUUCCCAGCAGACCCAUACUCCACCGCUUCCUUACACAGCCACCUCCACCAGACCACCCCAGAGCCCUGGCACCCGUCUCACCACCAUCACCCUUACUCACUCAGUGGGGCGAUCGGCACCCAGAGCUCGGCUUACCCCCGGCCCUCUAUGCACGAUAUGUACGGAACGCACUUUGACCCCCGUUACGGCUCUCUGCUCGUGCCCUCGGUGCGGCCGCAUAGACUUCCCCCUGCCACAGUACCCGCGUCUGGACAAUCGCCAUGUGAUAUCAGCAAGAGCGAGCCGGGCAGCUCAGCGUGGUCUGGCGCUUUUACGGCGGCGAGCUCUGAUAUGGGUCUGAACAUGGAUGCAGGUCUACAGAGCCAGGAUAAGAGCAAGGACCUCUACUGGUUUUAGUGCCCCGCGGCCACUUCUUCUUCUUCAUCUGGCUUGUCUUUUCUCUGACCUGUAGACAAUCAGAGGCUUUUCUGUAACAGAUUCUCAUCUCACUUGCAGCUCGACGCUACACGCUCUGCAGCGGGACCGUCCGCAGCUGAAAAUAAAGCCACGGCGGAUAACCCAUUCGGACGAGCGUGAAACUCUCUAGAUAGAGAAAAGACAGAACAGAGAGAAGCGGUGAGGCGACACGGCGGCUUUCCAGAAAUACACGGUGGCGUGACUGACUGGCAGCUGCUCUCGAACCCUUCCCUCCCUCGACCUUCUGCACGCUCAGCAAAACGGACCCAAAAUGAGUAAAUAAAUAGACGUGUUUUUGGGGGGACACUUGAGAUGGAUUUCCCUUUUUUUUAAGAAAUGAGAGUUUUUGGUGGGCGAGCUGCAUUCCUUAUCCCACAACACAGAGAGGGGCUGUUUGAAGCCACUUUACUCUAUGUAUAUUGCUUUCAGCACCUGUCAUCGACAACUGCUGUGGAACUUAUAAGACACACAAUGGCAGUUUCUUUGACCGAGCAAGCGCCAUGGAUUUCAUAAAAGAGGCAUUUUGUUGAAUCUGGACGUACGGCAAAAGGGAACAACUGGUUUGGGGGUUUUCGUGAGACGUGGGGGCUGACAGGAAUGGGACAAAAACAUUACGUUGUAUAUACUUUGUGUCUUAGUCCAGUGCUACAAACAGUGUACGAUCAAAGCGCAUGUGUGGUCGUGACAAUAUGCAGGUCGAUUUUGUUCAUUUGUACUUUUUUAAAGAACGUUCUCAUCCAAUUUAGGGUGACAUGGUCUCACCACGAUGUAUUUGAAUGUAUUUCAUCAUGUAAUAUAUUACAUCCUAAAGUAUUUUUCCAUGAUAUUGCAUCGAGGUAAAUGAGCUGUUGUCUGUUUUUAUCUGUUACCACUCUUCAUACUAAAGAACAAAACAUAAAACUCGACAAUAUGCAUUUAAAUUUUUAGUCCUUAUUCCCUUUUUUUAUUGCACGUUUACUUUAAGUAUAAUCACAUCUUUUAACAAUCAAACCUAAUUUAUUUCUGCAUAGUUUGGGUGUUGAGAAGGAAACAAAUGGCUGUAUUGUAGACCCGCUACUCAACCUUCAAACCCUCAAAGGCGACACCAUGGACGAUAAAAUAUUUUCAACUUUUUA